GAAAAAUGCCUAUUCCUGUUAUGUUGGAUCCACAUAGACUUGUUCAAACCAUUCUUGCUUCAAGACUUGGACAUCAACACUGUCUUGCUACACAACAACAACAUCAUCAUCACGCUUGUUAUUUUGAUCAAUCUGUGUUGAAUGAAGCAGGUUUAGUCAUCAAUAUUCUGCAGAUGGAAUCCGAUAUUUUACUUGAAAGAUGGAUGUUGUCUGUUUGGCAUGGUCCUCAACUCUCUUUUGAACAAGAGAUUGCUGAUUUUAUAGGUGAAUAUCCAUUAAGAAAAGACCAAGUAUAUGCCAUCUUAUUCGAUCAUGAUACACCCUCUUAUCAAUGCUAUUCUGCUCAAUCCAUUCAGACAACAAUUGAAUUCCAAUCAGAUGCACAGUUAAAAGCAAAACGAUUUCAACUGGCUGGUGUAUGUAUUGAAGUCAUAUUUGAUCAACAUAAGCCAUCAUUGGUACCUUGGCAAUCUUUAUCCUUGGAUCCUUUAGCAUCUAACACGCCUGUCAUUGCCAUUCGACGGUUAUCAAGGCUAUCUUUAUCUGCCCUGGAAGAAGAAGAAGAAAAAGAAGAUGAUCAUUUGACUUCUGGUUAUGCUAUACCCAUCCCUACACCUCGCAUGCAAUAUACCCAUCAUCAUCGUUCUACCACCCUUGCUUAUUCUACUUCACCCACACCUCGUCAUUUCCAUGAAGCAAAUGAACGCCGACAUUCACUCACCACAGAUAUCCUGCACCAUCAUGGUAGUUUAGUCGGCAGUUUUGAAGAAUCCCUUUUAUCAGGUCGUAUGUCUUCCAUGCCUUCUAAACCCAUUACAUUCCAUUGUCAGAUGGGUGUCUUGGGCUAUGGGAACUGUAAACCAUCCCUCAAGUGCCCUCCUCAUUGGUCGAUUGUGUUUCCAGCCACAUUUUAUCAUUUGCCUGACCAUGAUGAGGAUACUACCACCACUACACCUUAUGUGGGUAUCGUGGAUCUAGAAGAGUAUGCUUCUCAAUUCAAUCAACCAGGCUACCGUAUUCCACCCAAAGGACAAAUCCAAGUGGUUGUCAAGAACCCCAACAAAACGGCUGUCAAAUUAUUCUUGAUUCCUUACGAUUUUACAGACAUGCCAAGGAAUACAAAGACAUUUUUACGUCAAAAAUCUUAUGUGACAGAAGGCAACAAACAAUUAUUGAGAUAUGCUAUUCAUUUACAGUUUUGCAGGACAGACAAAAAGCGUAUCUAUCUGUUUAAAACGAUGCGUAUCGUCUUUGCCAAUAGAAAAGCAGAUACUCGAGAAAAGUUUCAUGUAGUUUGUGAGGGACCUAAAGCACCUGUCUUUAUACCUCAAUAAAAAAAAAAUAUGGAUAAACCUUUUGACAAAAAAAAAA